GCAGUGCCGGAGGUUUCCAGCCGUGCCUCUCGACUUCCAUGAUGGAUGAGACCUCUGAUGAGCCUCCCACUUCCGCUGUCUUCUUAGACAACUGCCACUUCUCCCAGGUCAUCUUUAACAAUGUGGAGAAGUUUUAUGUUCCUGGAGGAGAUGUCACUUGUUAUUAUACCCUCACCCAGAACAUCAUUCCUCGUGGGAAGGACUGGGUGGGCAUCUUCCGGGUGGGAUGGAAAACGACCCGGGAAUAUUACACCUUCAUGUGGGCUCCUGUGCCCAGUGACACCCACAGGGACACCAGUGUGCAGCAACAGAUCCAGUUCAAAGCUUACUACCUACCAAAAGAUGAUGAGUACUACCAGUUCUGCUACGUGGACCAGGAUGGGGUGGUCCGGGGAGCCAGUGUCCCUUUCCAGUUCAGAGCAGAGACUGAGGAUGAUAUCCUGGUGGUCACCACACAGGGAGAAGUGGAAGAGAUUGAACUACAAAACAAAACUUUGCUUCAAGAAAAUGAGGAGCUGAAAGCAAGUUGUGCAAGUCUCCAGAAACAAAACCUUGGGCUGCAGGAAGAGCUCCAGAAGACACAGGACCUGCAGAAUAGUUUAGAGUCUCUGAGGAGCAAGACAGAGACACUGGAACUGGAGCUGAAUUCCCUGAGAAAGGAAAAUAAACAUCUAAAGGAGCUGGACGACUGCAGAGAGGCAGAGCUGAGCCAACUCAAAGAGCAAAUUCAGACUGUGACCUCUGAGAAGGACCACCUGGAAGCCAGACUGAAGACAACCAUGGAUCGCAUGGCCCAGCUGCAGUCUUUAGUGUUGAAUUAUGAGAAGGAAGUGGAAAACCUAUCUCAGAUGGUUCAUGACAAGACAGAGCAGCUUGAAGGCUUAAAGAAAGAGAAUCAGCAAUUAUGCAUGACUGGAACCCACCAGCAGCAAAACCAGGACUUAAUGAAAGAACUUGAGGAGCAGAAGCAUUUGGUUCAGAUUCUGCAGGCCAAAAAGAAUGAGGCUGAUGAAGAAAAUCAGAAACUAAAGGAAGAGAAUGAUGAACUCCUGAGGCACCUCUCCCAGGCUGAAAAUGUUUCUUCCUUCCCUGAUGUUUCUCAAGCUCCAAUUCCAGUUCCUGAAGUUGGAGGCCUUCUGUUUGGAAAUCCAUAUUGUGCUGCAGGAGCAAACCUGAGGGCAGGAGCUGCAGACAUAGCUUCCUUAAGGAAAUGCCCCAUAUGCAAUGAUGUGUUUCCUGAAGAUGUUGAAACCAGUCAGUAUGAGGCCCACGUGCAGAGCCAUCUUCUGGAGUGCCCAGUCUGCAAAGAGACCUUUGAGAACUCUGACAAGCAGGUUUUUGAUGACCAUAUUUAUUGUCAUAGUCUGGAAUAAAUCUGAGUUCCUAUCUGCUCUGUAGAAUAAGACAGCAGAAGCUGCAGUAUAGAAUAAACCAAACUCACUGUAUGAGCUUCAUUCAUGCUAAGAUCACCCAGACAGGACUGACCAUGCCUCUAGAACUGUAAUUCUGAGCUUCUGUUUCAUGCAGCAUUUGGCCAAUACAUUGAUCAGGUCAGACAUCCACAUGCUGAAACUGAAUCCCUGUCAUCAAGCUUGAAUCCUGUGGCUUGGAUCAGGAUAUUUGCUUGUGAAACUAGUCCCAAACCCUGUCAGGAGUGAUUUAAUUGAAGGUGGUACCAGUUCUUUAGAGCAGGAUUGGCCCUUACACUGCUGUGUU